AUGCGUUUCGCAGCUCUGGUAAUAGGCCUUCUGGCCACUAUCGUGUCGACUGUGACCGCUACGGCUUUGACCUACCGCCUCGAAGCCAACGAGAAGGCCUGUUUCUACAACUAUGUUGACCAGCAGAAUGCCAAGGUUGCCUUCUAUUUCGCUGUCCAAUCUGGCGGUUCUUUCGACGUUGACUACACGGUGAUCGGCCCCAGCGGAAAGGUGGUCUUGGACGGAACAAAGGAGCGACAGGGCGAUUUUGUUUUCACUGCGCAGAGCAUCGGCGAGUACCAGUUCUGCUUCAACAAUGAGAUGUCGACGUUUGCCGAAAAGAUUGUGGACUUCGAGAUUGCGGUCGAGAACGAACAGCGCGCGCAGCUCCCUUCCAAGCAGGGAGCUAGUCCCGAGCAAGCCUCCGCGCUCGAGGAGUCGAUCUUCAAGCUCUCCGCCCAACUGUCCACCAUCUCGCGCAACCAGAAGUACUUCCGCACGCGCGAGAACCGCAACUUCAGCACCGUCCGCAGCACCGAGCGCCGGAUCUUCAACUUCAGCGUCAUCGAAGGCUUGAUGAUGGUGUCCAUGGCGGGGCUGCAGGUCUUCAUCGUCCGGUUCUUCUUCCAGGGUGCCCGGAAAGGUUACGUGUGA